GAAAGAAGCUCAAUUACCCUUGCACCUAGAAUUACCAAGAGAAGAAUUAGUAGAAGUUCCUUAUGAAGAAGCUUUAAAUAGACGCAUUGUUCAAAUAGUAGGAACAUUUACUGAUGCAUUAAUACUUGCCAAGGAUAACAUUGGAACAGCUCAACAAGUACAAGAGGAACGUUCCAAAAGGAUUGAGAAAGCUUCCACCUUUAAAGAAGGAGAUUUAGUAAUACUGUAUGACGCUGCUAAACAAAAUGUCCACGGUGAUAAGUUUACCUUACGAUGGACAGGACCCUAUUAUAUCCACAAGAAAAUUGGUGAUAAGACUGUAAUACUCAGAGAUAAAGCAGAUCCUGAUAAAUUAAUUAAAGGAUUUAUACUGAGAAUUUCUGAAAACAUAGAAGAGAUUAAUAUCCAAUUGAAACCCGAAAUGUUUAAAAUUACUACCGCCGAGCAGGCAAUUGAAGUUCCUAUAGAAACU